CCCGCAUACCAAAUGUCAAGUUCGCAAAACACGUCGCGUACUUUUUCCAAACACGUGCUCUGGUGCAAGCCGCCGUAUCAGGGCUCCGAUAUACUUCAACUACCGCGCUGAGAAUUCCGACCGCUUUCUUCACUCCAAACUUAACAACUUCACCAACAUCAGCAACAACCCCAAAGUUUUACCAACAAGUGACCACAAACAUGGAGACCAGUAUCCUCGUCGUCGACCCACAAAAACUGGGCAACAUCACCUUUACGGAGACGAAGACAGAUUUGAUCGAAGAAUGGAACAUAGAAUAUGCGGAGGGGAAGGACUAUCAGAGUCUCAAGAGAGCAGCAGAAGAGAUAGUCAAUACAGACACACCAGUCGCAUUUCCAACCGAAACUGUGUAUGGACUGGGAGCAGACGCGACGAGAAGUUCAGCAGUCAAGGCAAUCUUCGCUGCCAAGGGACGGCCCUCAGACAAUCCUCUGAUUGUGCAUGUCCACUCUUUGUCUCAGCUGCGCGAGCUGCUGUCUGAUAAAGGAGUAUUGCAAACAGGAAACGAUCCUAUUCCUGCGAUCUACAGACCGCUGAUCGAGCGCUUCUGGCCUGGGCCCUUGACCAUUAUUCUACCAGUACCCGAGAACACGACCUUAGCUCCCGAAGUUACAGCAGGUUUGUUGACAUUCGGCGCGCGCAUGCCCCGUUCUAUUCUCGCGCUCUCUCUCUUACGUCUCUGCGGACGCCCACUUGCCGGACCUUCAGCGAACGCUUCCACACGGCCCUCUCCCACAGCAGCGGAGCACGUAUACGACGACCUGCAAGGGCGCAUACACACCAUUGUCGACGGCGGACCCUGCGAAGUUGGCGUUGAGAGCACAGUCGUCGACGGAUUAUCAAGUCCACCGAGCAUACUACGACCGGGCGGCGUUACAGUGGAGCAACUCAGACAAUGUCCAGGAUGGGAGAACGUUACAGUUGGAUACAAAGAUAAGCAAGAAGGAGGCGCCAGUAAACCACGGGCUCCGGGAAUGAAAUACAGGCACUACAGUCCGAAAGCGGAGGUCGUUCUAUUCGAGGCCGGAGCCACAAAACCUGGGAAAGAAGAGGUGACGAGAAAGAGGAGGGUUGGGAUAAUACGGACGGAGAGCUGGAAACCCGCACUAGGAUUGACUGGUGGAAGUACGACUGUCACAGACACGAACGGUCAGACGAACGGCACUUCACGACCUCAUGCAACCCCUUCAAUACCUACAGACGCACCUUCAAGGCUGUCUAAUCUGCUCCGCUCAGUAAUCCAACACCAGAUCCCGCAUGCACAGCGUCACACGCUCGAUUCAAGCGACACUGAUGUAUGGGAUAUCGAUCUGGGGGCGGAGACAGAAGCCGUGGCACGAGGGCUAUUCUCUGCGUUACGAGAGCUUGACAAGAAGGGCGUUGAGGUCAUUUUUGUGGAGGGUAUAGACGACACCACGGGUGACGAUAUCGCAGCUGCUGUGAUGAAUAGGUUGAGGAAAGCCGCGGAGAUCAGGGUGUGAUUGCAUGGGAGAAAGUAGGAGAGUUCAAGUGAA